AUGAGCGCUCAAAAGCAACUAUCCACAAGUCAAAAUUUCAUCUUUGGAGGUCUGUCGGGCUGUUUAGCCACCGUUGUGAUUCAACCAACAGAUUUUCUUAAAACAAGAAUGCAGCUUCUCGGAGAAGGAAAGGAGCAUCCCAGCCCAAUUUUACUAGGAGUAUUUAAUACAUUGAUCGAUUAUUUCACCACUUCAAAAACCAUCACGGACGAGUCCGGAAAGACAAAGGUUACCACUGUCCAACCAAAUUUUGCUAUCAAGAUUGGAUGUGGUAUGGUGGGUGGAGCCAUUGGUGCAGUGGUUGGAAAUCCUGCUGACCUGUCACUUGUAAGAAUGACCUCAGGUCGGUAUGGAUACAAAAACGUUUUUGAUGCACUCAUUCAAGUUUCCAAGAAUGAAGGAGUGUUAACAUUAUGGCGAGGUUGUAGCCCAACAGUAGUGAGAGCCAUCGUUUUGAAUGCUGCUCAAUUAGGAGUUUAUGCUCAAGCCAAACAAUCAUUGUUAAGCAUGGGAAUUAUCAAAAAAGAUGGAGUAGGACUGCACGUUUCUGCAUCUCUUAUUGCUGGUUAUGUUUGUACUGUGGUGAGUCUUCCUAUUGACUUGACAAAGACACGAUUGCAAUCAAUGCAACAAGGUCAGUCACAGGUAUAUUCUGGAGCUUUUGACGUUCUCACAAAAACAAUCAAAGCUGAAGGAGUUAUGAGUUUGUGGAAAGGUUUUUGGCCUUAUUUUGCAAGACUUGGACCUCAGACCAUCCUUACUUGGACCUUCCUCGAACAAUUUAGAGAAUAUUUUGGGCACACAAUUUUAAAAGUCAUUGCUUGUGUUCUGGUGAUGUUCAUGUGUAAUGAAUAUUCCAUAGGAGCAACACCAACAUCGGAAGGGGUAUUGCAGGUUCAUGUAAUUUCUCGACACUGUGAUCGACUUCCAAUUACUCCAUUGAAAAUUCCAAACGACCCUGUUGAUUGGGUAAAGCUAUCUAAUUUACAAUUGGGAGAUUUGACCGGACUUGGUCAAGAACAAUGUAAAACCAUGGGUGAUAUUAUUCGGAAGAGAUACUUGGAAGAAGGCUCAUCAUUUAAAAUUAUGGGCAUUGAUUCUACGUACAAUUCCGAACAAUUCUACUUUAGAUCUACUGAAAUUUAUCGUACCCUGAUGAGCAUGUUCUCCAUUUCAAUGGGUCUAUUCCCUCAAGAUCAUGGACGAAUGCAAUUUGCUUUACCCAAUGGAACACAAGCAAUCCCAAUUAGAACAGUUCAAGAGGAUAUGGAUGCUUUAUUGAUUGGUUUUAGUUUUUGUAAUACAGUGAUUAGAAGAAUGCAAGCUGUGCAUACUUCAAAACAGGCCAGUACAUUCUUUUCAACAAAUAGAGAACUCAUUGAUAAGAUGUAUAAUGUCACGGGUUGGAAUACUGGAGACGACACGAUUGGAACAUUAUUUGAUUUAAUGACUGUGCAGCGAGCUCAUAACAUGUUAAAGUUGAAUUGGAUCAAUGAAAACUGGGACAAAGUCGAUCAACUCAGAAAUGAUUUUCUGCUCAUGCUCUACAAUUACGCGGUCAUUGGAAAAGAAGGAUCUAGUAUACUCAUUUCCACAAUUUUGAACCAAAUGACAGAACUGAAAAAGAAGUAUGUUCACUAUUCGGCACAUGACACAACAUUGCAGAGUGUUACAGCCUCAUUGAAAUUGAAUGAUAAGGACUAUCCUUAUCUAGGUUAUCAACCAAAAUAUGGAGCUCACCUAGCAUUUGAGCUGCAUCAAAUGAAUGAUGGAACACGUGCAGUGCGUUUGGUUCAUGGAUCCCAAUUCAACGAUGCCAAUUUCACCUCACUCACUCUCAAGUCAUUGGGAUGUACCAGCGAAUUCUGUCCUUUUGACACUUUCAAAAGACUAGCCACAGAACAAUCUACCGUCUUUGACUGGUGUUCUGCUUGUGAUAAUUAUGGACGUGACGUUUGUGCUGCUCAAUUCUUGAAAUCCAAUGAAUCCUCAACCAUUGCUUUCUUAAUUUCAACUCCAGUGCUAGCUCUUACAAAUGCAAUUACACUAAUCGUUGCUAUUGUGUGCUGUGCUAGAGCACAAUACAACAAGUCCAAAUACACCCAAAUCAACUAA